GCUGGGUUGAUUUUGGUUUAUCUUAUUUUUGUAAACAUUUCUCACGCAUUGGACAAACGAGGAACACAUCACAUUCUAAUCUAAAUCAAGGGACCCUAAUGGAAAACUAUGAAUAAUGCACUUGUGUUAUGAUGAGAUCACAGCACCAACCUAGAGGCCAGACAGUGGACCAAAUAGUUUACUCUGGACUCUUAGUUGUUAUAACAGUGAGGAAAAACUAGAAGUGUGUGACUACUCUUAAUAUUUAUGACAUGAAAAUUAUGGAGCUAAAGAAUAGAACAAAACGAGACGCUGAUAUAGAAGUAUUACCAAGUGUUUUAGGGAUCAAGCAAGAACUAUAUGUGGACAACCAGCCAGAAAUUUUGAAUAUAAUUUCAUCUGAAUACAUAAAACAAGAGGAGUUUACAGAAACUGAUGACACAAAAGUAAAUGUAUUGUCAACAUGUGAAAACAAAAAUCAUGAUUUAUUAUCAGAAUUUACAACACAUGUAGACAACAAACCAGAUAGACUUGAUUUAUUUUCAGUUUUUGAAGAUAUAAAACCUGAUGGUUUAAAUGCAGGGCUAAGCCUAUCACUAGAGACAACUCAUACUGACAAUAUUUCUCAUAUAAAGACAGAGUUAUCAACUGAUUCAUCAGAGCUUAAGGAUAUGCUUAUAAGCAACAUUGAAAAUCCAACAUCAAAUCAGGUUGAAUUAUUAAAGAAGUGUAAGAAGCAAAACUUAAAAUCUUCAAAGCAUAAAACUCUUCCAGUUCUAGUAAAAUGGAAAGAAUCACACACAGAUGUGGGGUCAUAUGAGUGUAAUGUGUGUCAUAAAAAGUUUGCUACUAGGACAUAUCUAAAACAACAUAAUAAAGCAAUUCAUUUAGGAGAAAGGUUACAUGAAUGUGGAGUCUGUCAUAAAAAUUUUACUACAAGAGGUAAUCUAAAUCUACAUAUAGCAAUUCAUUCAGCAGAAAAGAAACAUGAGUGUGAUUUAUGUCAUAAAAAUUUUACUACAAGAGGUAAUCUAAAUGUACAUAUAGCAAUUCAUUCAGCAGAAAAGAAACAUGAGUGUGAUUUAUGUCAUAAAAAUUUUACUACAAGAGGUAAUCUAAAUGUACAUAUAGCAAUUCAUUCAGCAGAAAAGAAACAUGAGUGUGAUUUAUGUCCUUAA